AUGUUGUGGCAGGAAAGGUCGACGUGCCCCGAAUACACUAUCUCAAUCUUCUGCGUGUACGACGCCAAAAAACCCAAGCAAAAGCGAAACUUGCCUUUCCAAUCCCUCGCCCGCCUACAGGAGAACGGUGAAUCGUGGACCGCAGACCCUGCUGGAUGGCUACUCGGGAGGACCAACCUUUCACUUUCAGACAGCUCGCUCGAGUACAAGCCAGGAAAACAGACAACUGAGAACUUGAAGAGUUCUGAAUAUCGAGAUUUUGCAGGACGUACAGUCCAAGCCAACAACAGUCCCCAUUCACAGCAUGGCAGUGUCGCCUCGAAAUACAAGAACCAAAAUGGCGAGGACAGUGAUGGAGAGGACAGUGAUGAAGACUCGGAGGUGCCCACUGGGUACUUUCGAGAGAUGUCGUUUAACGAGCUGUACGGUGUUCAUAGUGAUUCGAGCCGUUUGGAAAAUCGUUCACUUCGCGGAAAUGUCACUGACAAUGACUCGAACGAUGAUAUGGAAGAACACGGAGUGGAUACAGAGGAGAAGAUUUCAAAUUUCCUUAAGAUGAAGGACAUCAAGCAGAAUGACGACCAGACGAUCAUGAUCACCAAACCGAUUGAUCAAAUGGGUGAAAUGAAUGCACGCGGGAGGUUUGCCUGUCUCAUGAUCUCAAAUUUUACUAAGCCUCUCCUUGAUAAAAUGGGUGAGGAAGCAAAGAAAGCUGCCAGCUACCUCAACAACAUCAGCAAAACCCAAGAGUCCGUAUCAUGA